AUGGAAGAGUUUUUGAAGGAUAGUCCGUCUGAUUUUAAUGCUACAAUUGGCACUAAUAACAACGGUAACAAAAACACAAAUAAUAACCGGCUCGGUAUUAACUAUGGCAACGUUGGGGAGCAGCAGUUGGACAUCGGAGAAAAUGACAACAAUUUCCCAAUUGAUGAUGCCUACUUGAGUUCAAAUUAUAAUGGUAAUAAUGUGGAUGUUAAUGCAAACAAUACCGUCAAUCCCAAUUACUUUACAAGCGAUCCAUUUUUAGAAGACCUAGAAUCAAUUAACUUUCCAAAUCAGCAACCUCAAGCUCCUCAAUUCAUCAACCCAUCGAAUACCUCUAACUUAGAAGAGGUCAUUUCUCCUCACAAUAAUUAUGAAAAUGGUAACAGUUUUAUAAACCCCCAAUACUUUUCGCCUCCGAACAAAGGUCCAGCAAACUUCAAUAAUCUUGACUCAAUUGCUGAAAACAGCUUGUCUAGCUCCUUUAAUACAAACACAUUCAGCCCGACAAUGUCACGACACGAUAGUAUUAGUGGUCCCGCCAACAUUGCAUAUAACUCAAAUAAUCCAGAUAUUAAUUCGGGUUCUUAUUUAUCACCGCAAGCAAAUCCCCAAUUCUUAUCGCCAAAACAAAAUGCCUUUGAUAGGUCUCUUGACACAUUGAAGAUGUCUCCUUAUAAUGCAAACACUUACCUAAACUCACCUCCAGCGUUUCCGCUAGCUGGUGUACUUCAAGAGAAUCAACAUAGCACGAGCAUCCCAAAUAAUACUAUGUUAUCUUCCCCUAGGGCCACCCCAAGCUUGAGUACGUCUGUCCCAAAUUCCCAGCUGUCUCAACCUAGGGACCUAUCGACCAGGCAGUUGAGUAAGGAAGAAAAAUUGAAGAGAAGGCGGGAGUUUCAUAAUGCAGUAGAGCGAAGAAGAAGAGAUCUUAUCAAAGAAAGAAUUAAAGAAUUGGGUCUUCUAGUCCCACCCUCAUUACUAAAUCCACAGCUUUGUGCUGUUCAGUCGUUGCAGCGGAACUCACAGAAUUCUAGAGAAAUAAUGUACCUACUUUCGUCUGUCAAGGUAAAGGAAACAAAGCCUAAUAAGAGUACAAUAUUGAAUAAAUCUGUUGAUUAUCUCCAUCAUCUAAAAUAUGUUCUUGAAGAACAAGAAAAAACGAGGAGUGAUCUAGAGCAGAAACUAAAGGAAUGCGAGGAUGAGCUCGAUAAUUCACUCUCGGAUAACAUACCAAAACCUAAUGACCAAAUUCAAUUCGAGCAAGAUGAUGUCUUUAACCCUGAUGAAUUUUUUCUGGAUGUGAUAGGUCGUUAG